UUAAAGCUAACCUGAUUAAAGAGUGCUUGAUUUCUAACUCGUAACCAAAAAAAAAUGUGGGAAAGGGGUUCAGUUUCAAUUCCUCUAGAUACUAGCUACCAAAAUAAAAGGAAGAUAGAAAACUGAAAUUACCAAAAUAACCCCAAGAAAGAGAGAAACUAGUAUAUCCAUGGAUCCACCAAAGAAAUCUAACAAGAUCAAGGACAUUGUCAGGCUUCAACAGAUCCUCAAGAAAUGGAGAAGGAUUGCCAACUCUUCAAAAUCAAGUGACAACAACAACAACAACAAUCAUAGCGGCAGCACCAGCAGUAAAAGCAUUAAGUUUCUGAAAAGGACACUUUCUUUGUCCGAGCGUGACAAAGGAUCGUCAAGCAAUGCGGUUCCAAAAGGCUACUUAGCUGUUUGCGUCGGACUAGAGCUCAAGAGAUUUGUCAUACCAACUGUAUAUUUGGGUCACCAAGCCUUUCACAUGUUGCUAAGAGAAGCUGAAGAAGAGUUCGGGUUUGAGCAGACCGGCGUUCUGAGGAUUCCUUGUGAAGUAUCUGUGUUCGAGAGUGUCCUGAAGAUGGUGGAGGAAAAGGACAAGUUUUCGGCUCACAAUUGCGGAUUAUUCAGUGUAGAAAAGAUGAUGAUGGGGUACUGCUCCUUCAAUCAGCUUACUUAUUCGCAUCAUCCUCAAAGUCCUAUGUGCAGAUAGAUAGAUAGAUAGAUAGA